CUCCUGCAUGGAGUUUCAAAUUUGUUCUUGUUUGAAACACCCAUAUGCGUAGGGAUGGCAAUUCUCCUUGUUCCCCGUUGAGCUUCGUGGGGAUCCCUACCACAGGUACUGGGUGGAGAAGAAUAUUCCUCCUUGCGGGCUUGCUGUCAAAUUCAUCUCCUCUGCUACUGCUGAAGCCAUCUACUCUGCUGUUGAUCGAUCCAUCUGCUUUCCUGCUGUUGCUGAAGUCAUUUGCUUUGCUGCUGUUGCUGUUGAAGCUUGCUGUCGAAUCCAUCUCCUCUGCUAUUACUGAAGCCAUUUACUCUACUGUUGCCGGAUCCAUUUGCUCUGUUGCCGCCAAAGCCAUUUGGUGCUGUGGCCAAAGCCAUCUUCUGCUGUGGCUAGAGCCAUUUGCGAGCAAUUUGAUAUUAAUUGGUGGAGAAUGGGGAUCGUCGCGAGGAUCCCCAUUUCCCACAGGAAACAGAGAUGAAAGGCAAAAUCUGGCUCCCAUCAAAAUCUUCACGAGGAUCAUUGUUCCCAUGAUUGAUGGAGAGGAGCUCCCGAUCCCACAGGACCCGUUGAUAUCCCUACAUAUGCGCCAUAUUUGCAUAGGUUUAAAUGACUAAAGGUAAUCCUUAUGCUUGCCAUAAGAAAAACACUUCCCUACCCCACUGCUUUUUGCAUUGGAGUCUCCCAAAAAAACCUAGUAAAAAGAAGUUUGAUAU